AACGCUUAGCGGGCCUGUUGUCACUCGGGUCGCGCUCUUGUGCACUUGUGCAAAUUCCGCACGAGCGACGACACAAACAACGAGGAUGGGAGGCCAGGCGCUCACCUGGCUCGUGAUUGCUGUCUGCGUCGGGCCGGCUCUCUCCGGAUACGUGGUGCGCCGGCGGGUCUAUGGCGGUGGCGGAUAUGUCGGCGGUGGCGGAUACGAUGAUGGUGGAUACGGCAGUGGUGGGUAUGGCGGUGCAUAUGCCACAAAGAGGUAUUACUCUGGUGGUGGAGGCGGCGGCUACGCGGGUGGUGUAGGUGACUAUGGCAGAUAUGGUGGUUACACAACCAGCUACCGAAGCGGAAGAGAUGGCUACGGCGGCGGUGGAUAUGGGUUCGGUGGUAGCUACCAAUCAUACGGAGGUGGAUACGGCGGCGAAUUGAAAAGCUACGGCGAUAGUGGAUACGGAAAAUCCUAUUCAAGAAUUGUCAGCUACGGGAGUGGAAACAUAAAAUACGGCAGUGGUGGAUAUGGUAGCGGUGGAUACGGCAGUGGCGGAUACGGCGGUGGCGGAUACAGCGGUGGCGGAUACAGCGGUGGCGGAUACAGCGGUGGCGGAUACAGCGGUGGCGGAUACAGCGGUGGCGGAUACAGCGGUGGCGGAUACAGCGGUGGUGGAUAUGGCAGUGGUGGAUAUAGCAGUGCUGGAUAUGGAGGAAGUGGCUACGGCCAAAGGUAUUACGAUGGUGGACAGUCGUACAGCAGCGGAGGCUACAAGGGUGGAUACAGUGGAGAUUACGUUGGAGUUAAAGGUGGAUCUCGCAGCUACGGAAAGGACUAUAAAUGGUGAAAAAGACUCUGAAUCAGGCGCCUGGCCAGCAUGCACUAAUGUGUUUGCAUAAAACUAAAGCCCAGAAGAGUGAUGCAUGUUUUUGUCUUUUGUUGUUUUUCUAAUAAACGUUUCCUGCUCAUUCCAAAUCAUA